AUGUCAAUCAAAGUAGUAUCAUCAAAGUUAGCAGCAGAAAUUGAUAAAGAAUUAAUGGGGCCACAUAUCGGGUUUACCUUACAACAAUUAAUGGAAUUGGCAGGAUUUAGUGUGGCUCAAGCGAUAACUCGUGAAUUCCCAAUAAAUAAAGCAGAUCAAAGUUUAAGAAAGAAAAACGUUUUCGUCAUUGCUGGUCCAGGUAAUAAUGGUGGUGAUGGGCUUGUUGCUGCUAGACAUUUGAAAUUAUUUGGUUAUAAUCCUAUUGUUUAUUAUCCAAAGAGAUCUGAAAAACAACCAUUUUACAAACAGUUGGUUAAUCAGUUGGAUUUUUUCAAAGUUCCACUUUUAUCUCAAGAGGAUAAUGACAAUUGGAUGGAUUAUUUGAAAGAAGAAGAUACGGUAUGUAUAGUUGAUGCCAUAUUUGGGUUUAGUUUUAAACCGCCAAUGAGACCACCAUUUCAAGAUAUCGUUGAUAAAUUGGUUGAAUUAGAAGAUAAGAUCCCUAUUGUUUCAGUAGAUAUUCCAACUGGAUGGGACGUUGAUCAGGGUCCUAUCACUGAACGUUUCAUUUCACCUAGUUUAUUAGUUUCUUUGACGGUUCCUAAACCUUGUUCUACAUUUAUUAAUAAGAAGAAAACAUCUCAUUACAUUGGCGGUAGAUUUAUUUCAAGAGAGUUUGCAAAUAAGUUUGGAUUUGAACCAUUUAAUUACGAAUCGACAGACCAAGUGCUGAAAAUUUGA